AUGUCCAACCAAGAAGGUGGGUGAGAAGGAUUACAAGAGAGGGAAUAUUUUUGCCCUUUGCAAAAAAGGAGCAAAGAAUUGCUUGCCACUCUUUACACAUUCUUAUUUCCGGAGCACAGGUGGUCAUGGAUGUAAGGGAUGCUGAAGCCACUCUUUUCCUCCUCCUCAGAUGCAGAACGUUGCACCAAAUGCCCAGAAGAUCAGCAUCCAAACAAGGUCAGAGAUCAAUGUGUCUCCAAGAUUAUCACCUUCCUGGCUUAUGAAGAACAUCUGGGGAUCACCUUAGCUUCCAUUGUCCUCUUCUUAUCUUCUACAGCAGGCAUUGUGUUAGGAAUCUUCAUUAAAUACAAAGAAACCCCAAUAGUCAAAGCCAACAACCGGGACCUCUCCUACAUCCUGCUCGUCUCCCUCCUGUUUUCCUUUUUGUCCUCCUUCCUCUUCAUCGGGCGCCCAAGGAAAGAGACCUGCCUUCUCCGACAAACGGCCUUCAGCAUCAUCUUCUCCGUUGCUGUUUCUUCUGUCUUGGCCAAGACCAUCAUGGUGGUGCUGGCCUUCCUGGCCACAAGGCCAGGGAACAGGGUGAGGAGAUGGCUAGGGAAGAGUCUGGCCACCUCCAUUGUCAUCUCCUGUUCUGGUGUGCAAGUUCUCAUCUGCACCAUCUGGCUGGGCUCUUCUCCCCCAUUCCCAGAGUCUGACAUGCACUCCCAGGUGGAAGAGAUCAUCUUGCAAUGCAACGAAGGCUCUGUGGUCAUGUUUUAUGUUGCCCUUGGCUACCUAGGCUUCUUGGCUGCCAUCUGCUUCGCUGUGGCUUUCCUAGCCAGGAAGCUGCCCGGCUCCUUCAACGAAGCCAAGCUGAUCACCUUCAGCAUGCUGGUCUUCUGCAGUGUUUGGGUGUCUUUUGUGCCCACCUACCUGAGCACCAAGGGGAAGUACAUGGUGGCCGUGCAGAUCUUCUCUAUGUUGGCCUCCAGUGCUGGGCUCCUGGGCUGCAUCUUCCUCCCCAAGUGCUACGUUAUUCUGCUGAGGCCUGAUCUGAAUACAAAGGAGCACCUGGGAACAAGAACUUAA